GGAAACUUUAUGAUAAGCAAUUAAAUAAAACAAUGUGAACAUUAAAUGAUUGUGUGCAUGUUCCAACUUCUUCUGUAUGGUGUUUCAGUGAAUUAUGGCUCAUAGACUAACUCAAGAGGAGCUGGAUCAUCAGUUUGAGCAGUUCUUGAAAGAGUCUGUCUCUGAUGACUCGGUCGAUUUGGGCACCAGCGCCAGGCGCCCUAGUGUUCUUGACAGCUUGGGAAAAGCACCUGUCAGGCCAGUGAAGAAGGCCUCAGCGUCUGUGCCGUGGUGGCAGGAUGAUGAUGACAGUGAAGAGGGACCAGGGAUGUCAUCAACAGGAAAGUCCUUCCUGAAGUCUCUGAGGAAGACUCCGUCCAUUAAGGAGGUGGAUGAAGAACAGCCGAAGGAGCUAUUCUUGGAGAAUGAAGGGAAUAGAGACCAAGUCAUCUUUAGCAGAGACAGUCUUGAGCCUGAAGAUUCUUUGGUGAUGUCUGAUAUGGUAGCAAGUGCAGGUGCUCUAGGGCUGGACACAUUAGAUGAGGAUGAGAAUUCCAGGUUUUUAUCCAACCUGAAGAAAGAGUCCUCAUCUUCCAUUGACUGUCCCAGACUGAAUCAAGAACAGGAGUCCUCCACACCCACCAGCAGCCCACAAAGAAGAGAAGAAAUGGAUUCAAUACAUGAGGAAGAACAGAGAAAGAAUAAAAACUCUGCUGCAUCUCUCGCAUAUAGUGAAGAUUUUGAGGAAGAGGCCAGUGAGAAAAGUGAAGAGGGGCUUCAAGAGAAGAAACCUGCAAGACAUGGAAUGCUGGCCAAAGUGUCACUGCAUGACUCUCUAAAUUCCACGGAUGGAGCAUUGCCUUCUGCAGUUCCCAGUGUGGCACCCAGGAAAGAAAAGUGGCCCAACACCAAACAAACAGAGACAACUGCACUGGAACCUGCAGUUCAAUCUUACGAUCAGAGUGGAGGGAGUGUGAUUGAGGUGCUGCAGGAGGCGUACAGGCAGAUCAACAGCUCAGCAGGGGAGUGUGAGGACAAACGAACGGAGGGCAGCAGGACUCCCCACUCUCUCUCUACACUUCAACCUGCCUCCACAGUGGAGUCAGAUUUUCCCACUGCUGAGAAAUUGAUGCAGCCGAUUGGAUUCACCCGUGGCUUCUCUCUCCAGCCCAUAAUUGAGGCUGUGCCUCGAGGCAGCGAGAAUCAUAGUCCAUUAAGGAUGUCUUCAGACGAGAUCCCUUUCAGUUCUGCUAAUGAGGGCUGUGGAGGGGGAAAUGCAGCUAGUCUUACAGGAAAGGAACAUCCAGCCUCUCUUCAAUACACUCAGAAGAGCAUCGCUGAGGAGGUCAAACGGCUAAUGCAGGAACAGAACAGCUCCUCUGUGGACCCACCUCCUGUCAAACCCAAGAAGUGUCAGGUUCCUGCCAGAACCAAUGCGUUUGCAUCAGCUUGCACUAGAAAAACUCCUGUUCCAUCAGCAAGGGCCAAAAAACCUGAGAGCAGGGCAUUACCCAGAGCACCUGCACCCAGCAGAACCCGGCAUGCUGCUAAACCUCCAUCUUCUCUAACACAGAGGAAAGCUCAGAACCAGCCCCCUAAAAAGACUCAAAACCUCAGCCAAACACAAACAGUCAAAGGUUUAGACACAAGUUUAAGACUAAGCAGUGAACUGGUUGCAUCCGUGCAGUCCUUUGCUACAUUCCUACAGCAUCAGGUUGAAGCCAGCAGUCUACAGGAUAACAUCCCUCCUCAAGCAGACAGGAUCACACCCGAAGCAGUGACAGGACAUCAGGUGAUUCAAGAGAAGAUGGAUGGUGGUUCAACCUUUCAGCAGGAGCGCUCAUCACUGGAGCGCUUCCGUCUCCAGCUCGUGCAAAAAGAGAGAGAGCUUCAUCUGAGGGAAGAUCAUUUACGAGAGGAACACAAGCAAGAGCUUGCAGCCCUCAGACAGGAGAACUAUGUGUUGCAGAGCAAGUUACACCAUGCCGAGGAGGCAAGUAACAAACGAAAGUGGAGUUUUGGUGAAGCUUCGGACCCUGUGACUGAAGAGAAACUCAAGCUGAUAGAGAAAGAGAUGAAGGAACAGGAGACUCUGAUUCAGGGUUACCAUCAGGUAAGUCUCUCUCUCUCUGUCUCUGUUCAUUUUCUGACAUCUAUUAGAACGAGGCAUGCUGAAACAUGGCUCUUAAAGAGACUGCAGUGGUAUGCCGAGAACCAGGAGCUACUAGACAAAGAUGCGGCCAGACUCCGAGCUGCCAGCGCUGAGACUCAAAGGCUCACUGAGCAGGUGGAAAAGCUAAAAAUGGAGGUCAGCAAGGGGGCCAAUGAGCAACAAAGAAAGGCAGUGGAAAAGCUAAAAAUGGAGGUCAGCAAGGGGGCCAAUGAGCAACAAAGAAAGGCAAAAGAGAGAGCGGGUGAAGCUAAAAGAAUCCAGGACCUGGAACGACAGCUCAAACAGAUGGAAGAGCUAUCUACCGGCACAGAAGAUAAUGGAUUAGAUGUCCGUCUCCCAACUGCCUCUCAUUCCUCCCAGACAGCAGCUCUGUUGGAGAGACGUGUCCAUCGAUUGGGGGCGGAGCUAGAAGGCCGCGAUGAAGCAGCCAAACGCAGUCUCAGAACAGUGGAACAACAGUAUCACAGAAUCAAACUGCAGUAUGAACAGCAGAUCUCAGAUCUGGAGCAGCAUUUGGCUGAGAAGAGCCAGAACAAUCGGGUUAUCUCAUCAGAAUCAUCUGAGUCACAAACUCAGGGGUUGAUUACAGAGAUGGAGGAAGUGAAGAAGCCCUAUCAGAAGCAAGAGAGCGCCCUCAAGGCAGAAGUGGCCUCUCUGCAAGAACAAUUCCGCCAGGCCCAGUCUUUGAUGCAAGCAGACAAGCCUGUCCGCAGCCCCUCACGGCACCAGCUCCAUGCGGAGGCGGCACAAGCAACCCACAUUGAGAGACUGACCCAGGAACUGAGCUCCAAGAGCCGCACUAUUCAGGAGCUGAGCCUUACUGUAGAGCGCCUGCAGAGGGAAAGGAGAACCAUGCUGUCGGUUCCUAGCUUUGAUCGUGUCACCAAUGAGCCCAAGCGGCAUUUGGGCGCAGCCAAAGAGGCCAAAAAAUCUGAAGCUGAGACUUUCCCCGCUACCCAAGAUGAGAAAGACUACCAUCCUGGAGCGUUCUCAGGCUCACACAUCUCAGAGGUGCUACUGGAGAACGAUAGUUUGAGGACGAGAUUGGAACAGCUGGAGAUACAGAGAGAACAAGAGAAAGCUUCCUUGCAGGCUGCAGUCGCACAGGCACAGAGUCAGCUCCUCAGGAUUCAAGAGAAUGCUGAGCAGCUUGCCUUGGUCAAGGCUGGGCAUCAUAAAGAGAUUGAACGCCUUCUGGCUUGCCAUGCCCUUGAGCAUUCCUCCUCCAAAGUCGCUGAACUCACCAAUCAAGUGAACACACAGGAGAUUAUAGUGCAGCAUUUACAGGGGCAAGUAAAGGAGCUCCAGGGAGCCAAAGAUGCUGUGUCUAAGAUCAGAGAGGAAACCCUGCAGAAUCCGCUGUCUAAGCUUCUGGAAGAGCUGAAACAGGCCAAAGAAGCUCACGGUCCUGAACUAAGGCACUUCACUAGCCUGGAGCAGAAGAUUCAGUCCAUGGAGCUCCGCUACAGUCAGCGUGAGAAACCGCUACAGCAGGUGAUUGCAGUCACACGGCGGGUGGUGGAACAGGAGCAGCACGGUGAGGUGGAGCGCUGGAAGAGACUCGCUCAAGGCAGGGCUAAAGAGCUGGAGGUCUUCAGACUGGAGCUGGACUCCAUACUGGACGUGCUCCGAGAACUCCAGAGACGGGGUGUAGUCAUUCACAACCCCACCACCCACACAUACCUGCCCCUCCGAUCCUGAGCUGUGUUUGAACCACUCAGAACACUCUAGGAUGUGCGCAUACAAAUUUCUAUGUCUCUGGCUAGCAGAAUUCCUGUGACAGCACUAAUCAUUGCUUGGCUAAUUUUGUGGGAAUAUUUAUAAUUAUAUAUAUAUAUGUAAAGAUUAUUUAAUUAUUAUCAAGGAAUAUGCAGGGUGUGUAACGUCCAAUUUGGUGUUAGUAAUUGCAGCAUAAAUCCAAAUGUUUUUUUGUAUUAAAGUUAAUUAUUAUUUGCACAUUUGGUCCUGUUUUGCUGCUCCGUUGAUUUUACAACAUCCGCUUGAGCAGAAUCCAGAAAACCUGAACAAACAGCAGUAAAAUUGUUGUUGAUACACCA